UCUUUCUCUUCCAGAACUCGCAGUGCCUUGAUUGGAUGGCCAGACCCACCUAACGUUCCCUACUCCUUCCCCUGUCGACUUCGGACAGCUAUGACCUCUACGCUGUUGGACUUUAACCUCAUGGACACAGGCCAGGAGGACAUUGUUGUGAACCGCUGUGACCUGGAGGUGGAAGGAAAAUAUCAACUCAUUCCAUCUAUUAUCUGUGCCAUGUGUUGCCUUUUUGGGGUCAUCUACUGCUUCUUUGGCUAUCGCUGUUUCAAGGCCGUCAUGUUCCUCUGUGGACUGAUGUUUGGCUCCAUCAUCAUUUUCCUGCUGUGUUAUAAGGAGCGGGUUCUGGACAUUCAGCUGAGCGUGGAGGCCAGCGCUGGUAUUGGUCUAGGCAUCGGGAUCCUGUGUGGACUGGUCACCAUGCUUGUCCGUAGUGUUGGCCUCUUCAUGAUUGGCCUAGUCCUUGGCCUGUUGGUAGCAACUGUCACCCUCAUUGUGAUGGAGCAGUUCUACCACCCGCACACCAUUUGGGUUCCAGUGGGGCUUCUUAUUGGCGUUGGGAUGCUGUUUGCCGUCUUAACUUUACAGUGGCAAAAGCUCUUCACCAUUAUCUCCACUGCAGUUUUUGGUGGCGCCAUCAUUACACUGACUGUGGACUAUUUCAUCGAGCUGUUUAUGUUGGCACGGUAUAUCUAUGAGAGGCUGAAGAUUGCUCCUUCACUGCCCAUUUGUUGGUACAGUUGGGUGAUUCUUGCCAUCUGGCCAGUGCUGAGCAUAUUGGGGAUUCUGGUCCAAUGGAAGCUUACAGCUGAAGGCUAUUCACACACUGAAGUCAUUAUCAGUAAACGACAAAAACGAGUGCAGUUGAUGAGAAUACGACAGCAAGAAGCAAAGAAACGACAGAGGGCAUCUCAGGCAGAGGGCACAUAUCGCAGGAAGCCAUACCCAGUCAAACGGUACACGGGAGACAUCCUUUCACCGAGCUACAUCCAGAGUAUUCGAGAUCGGCAGACAGCAACAUCCAUGAGCAGUCUGAACACAAACAUUCACACCAUCGUGGAUCUGGAUUAUGACUGUGGUUCCACUGUCCCGCUCACAGCCACAACCCCUGUAGUCACAGCAUGAGCUAGUCACCAUCGCCCAGCGAGUACUGGUCAAGGUUAUUAGUGAACAACCAGUUUAUUUAGCUCCCAGCAGGUGACAAGUAGAUAACAUGUUGACACUCUAGCCAGAAUUCUCCAUACACCAUGGUCUGUUUGUGUGUGUCUCUCUCUCUAGGAAUCACAGUUCCUGCAAGUGUGAAGAAAUCUCUUGAGUCUGCUCAUUUGUUACCUGCUUGAGUAUGUUUUCAGCAGUCUGGCUGAAAGAACCUACUGGCCAGAAGAAAUGAUGCCUCUGCUCAACAGGCACCUCACCCUCUGCUAAAGAAAGUGUGCUUGGCAUGGGAGUGGCACUUCGCCAGUCAAAGAAAUGUAUACCUUUGUGACCGAGCAGAGAAAGCUAUGUGCCCCAUGUACCCAAAGAAUAAUCAGGACAAGUAUGCAGCUCAUUUGUGACCUUGGAUUCAGGCUGUAUGUUUUCUAAUUUGCUUAUCACCCACUCUGAACAGGUUGUUAUCUUUGGGCCACCGGUGUGGCUGCCAAAAUUCACACUGAACUUCUUUUUAAGAAACCAUUUAACAUGUAACCUAUUCAACUACUUGUUUUUAAAGCCCAAAUAAUUUA